UAGUUUUGGACUUGAGAACCGCCUUAUUGUUUAAGUACUUCUUUAUUUUGUUCUACUAGAUGUCUGUCUGUGGUUGGUUGCACUAAUAAAGUAAUAACGAUCUGUAGAAGGUCUCUUACCCGAACAAAUCCCCGAGUAGAAGUAUCGAACAAAUAAAGUUCCACAACCGACAACCGUACAUCAAAACACAAGGCGCGAAAUGGAUCAGAGCGAGACCGAAAUCCGAGAAGUCCAAGAAACCAACUCCAAAUCGGAGUUGCAACCUCUUCUUGAGACCCAGAAUCCCAGUUUCAACUCCAAAACUGUGAAGACGAAGGUUCCGGAGGUUGAGAUCCAUCUUUAUCGUCAGGGCAAAGGUCCGAUCGAUGUGUUUAAAUCAAGCCUCGGUGGUUGGGAUCAAGAUCAGCUUGAGGUCCGAGAUAUUCUGGACAAAUACGGAUUCAAGUCCGUAUUCGCCUUCAAACCUGACUCCGGUCGUGGCGUCCCCAUUCGAUUCAACCCUAGAAAUGGCAGGUCUAUACUGACUUACAGAGAUGGAGCCGAAAUUUUCAUUGACGGAGAGCCUAAGGAUUCCCUGAUCAAACCGGUAACCAGGAUCAUUUUCGGCGUGGCAAUUAUAACCAUUUUGAUAACGUUUCUCUCUCGAGACUCACAAGGGUGGAUGAAGAAACUUAAUAUCACUGGGAACUUCCCUCCUUGGAUUCUAGCUUGUGUCGUUAUCGUUUUUACGCGCUCAAGGAAGAGAACUAGGGACUUACUUAAAAAGUACGGUUGGUAAUUGUCUAGUCCUUCGUCUACUUUUGUUCCUUCAAAAAAGAGAAAAAAAAUGUCAUCCUCCAAUAGAAAAUGGAAAGCCAUUAAUCAAUACGUUGAUUCUAGGUUCUCAAUUUCGAACUUCCAAAAAUAGGAGACAGAAUAUUGUACCGUGUUGCUAGCACGAGGUCCAUUGCUACCAUAAAUUCCCUGUCUUAAUUUGUUCUUCGAUAUGUGUAGAUAAGCAGCCUGUGUUUGCUGGACUGAAAUUUGUUUGAGUUUGAGCCAUAGUUUUAACUUUUUGGGUGAAAGCUUUCAUCA